AAAGUGGAAGCUUGUGCUAGCGAGAGAGAGGUUAAUACAAAAAACCCUCCUUCCGAGUUUCAGGCUUCAGUCCUACAUUUCUCUCCGACGAAAAGAUGGAAUCUUUAACUUCGCUGCCGCGCCUCCACCUGACGCCGACGGCACGCCGUCGAUUCCACCGCCGUCAUCAUAUCUACGCCGCUCAUUUUAACGGUGGUUCUCCUGUAAACAAAUCCAACAGCCUCUCGUUCACCGCAUCUGCAUCAGGGUUGUCUUCCCCAAUUUCAAUUGAGAAGGAGCUACGCGGAUCGUUCGUGCAGACGGCUGCUGUUCGCCAGCUGACAGGGUCUCUUAUCAAAGGCGAAGGUCUUAGGUUCGCUGUGGUUGUAGCUCGUUUCAAUGAGGUUGUGACAAAGCUGCUUUUGGAGGGAGCCCUUGAAACUUUCAAGAAGUAUUCAAUCAAAGAAGAAGAUGUGGAGGUUGUGUGGGUUCCUGGCAGCUUUGAAAUAGGGGUGGUUGCCCAAAGGCUUGGGAAGUCGGGAAAAUAUAAUGCUGUUCUGUGUAUUGGUGCUGUGAUAAGAGGCGACACCACUCACUAUGAUGCUGUUGCCAACUCCGCUGCAUCAGGAGUCCUUUCUGCCGGCAUAAACUCAGGUGUUCCGUGCAUAUUUGGUGUACUGACAUGUGAGGACAUGGACCAGGCUCUGAACCGGGCUGGUGGCAAAGCAGGGAAUAAGGGUGCUGAAGCUGCCUUGACUGCCAUCGAGAUGGCAUCCUUGUUCGAGCACCACCUGAAAUAGAAGCAGCUUCUGUGCCAUGGACGACCUUCUUGGUUACAACAGCUUGAGGAUCCUCAGUUUUAACCUUUCGUUAUCAUGGAACCAUAGUGUUUCCUUCUCUAAGUUGUGUCUUUGCUUGGUCUGCAUUGACCAAGUCGGGUCCUUUUUCCUUUUUCGGCUAUUGUGACUCUGAAUUAUUCAGGAUUCUGAGAAAAAAGGGGGUAUUUCAUCACCGAACAAAAGUUUAGUCC